AUGGUGUUCAACAUUGAACAAACGCAGCGAGACGAUUUGAUCGCUCGCGUCGACGCCUCGCUCUCGGCGAUCGCGUUCCACUGCCGAGGGGCGCGCACGAGCGCGUCGAGAACCAAGGCGGAGGAGAUCGAACGCCGCGCGUUCUCCGCCGCGGACGUGAGCUCGAGCACGACGAGCGGUGAUCGGCCCCUGAUCGAAGUCAUGCGACUGUACGUGAAAAAGGCGGCUGAGCUCGUGGCGGAGGCGGUGGAGCAGGGCGGCGACGAAGACAGCGCUGAGCAAAGCGUCGACGCGGAGAUGGACGACGAUGAGUUCGACGUGGCGAAGACGAGUAAAGAUCGCGAGUUCUACACGCAAGCGAGGGCGGAGGAGGUGCUCGCGCCGCUCUUACGAAAGGGAGCGACGUUCUCAAAGGUGAGGCUGAGCACAAAGAGUUUCGGAAUCGACGCCGCCAAGGUGGCGGCUCGAGCUUUUGGCAACCUAGCGGAGACGCUCAAAGAGGUGGACCUCAGUGACACGAUCGCGGGACGCCCGGAGGUGGAGGCCCUGAAGGCUAUGGAGAUUUUCAGCGAGGGCUUGAUGGCGGCAAAACUCACCUCUGUGGAUUUGAGCGAUAACGCUUUCGGCGAAAAGGGCGUUCGAGCGUGCACGAAACUGCUUCAGAAUCAGAAGGAUCUGACGUCCAUCGCGUUUCUAAACAACGGAAUCUCCGAGCAAGCCGCGCGCGCGAUUCUCGAGUUGCUUGCUUGCCCAGAAAAGCUGACUCGAUUCCACUUGGACAAGAACAUGACAGGUAACGAUGGCACCGUGCACAUCGCCGCCAUCGUCGCCAAGGCGAAGGGUAUGAAGGAUUUCAAGAUGGCUGGUUCUCGCUUCUUCUCCGAAGGCGCCAUCAUGCUCGCCGAGGCGCUCGCUGUGGGUAACUCUUUGGAGAGACUCGACUUGAACGACAACAACGUCAACGAGGAGGGUGCCGAGGCACUCGUCAAGGUGCUACCAAAGCAUCCGAACCUGCAUUUCUUGAACCUUGAGGCGACAGCUUUAGGACCUGAUAUGGGCGGAGCGCUUCUCAUGGCCGUCGCAAAGGGAUGCCCCAAGCUUGAAGUUCUCCACGUGAGCAGCAACGACUUUGAGCCUGAAGGCGCAGAGGGCGUCGCGCAGGCCAUAGCAGAGAUGAAGAAUCUCAAGGUCUUGACUAUUGGCGACAACAUGCUCGGUAACGCCGGCGUCGCUCUCAUUUGCGGCGCCUUGCGCCAUUCGAAUGCGCCGCUCGUCAGACUCGAUGCGAGCUGCAACGAACUGUCGAAGACGGGUGCCAUUGCGGCUGCACAACUCGCGGCGAGCAAGCCUGGAUUCGAAUAUCUUAACCUCGACGGUAACUCUAUUCCAGAUGAUGUCCUGGAGGAGAUCAUCGGUGUCUUGUCCGCCGCGGGCAUCGAGCAUACGCUCGCUCCGAUGGACGACAACGAUCCCGACGGCGAUGUGUCCGACGACGAGACGUUGGACACGUCUGUUGACAUGCUCUCUGUGCUCGCGGAGAAAUUGAAGAUGUAA